CGGCGGGAACGAGGCGGCCACCGCCAUGGCCUUGUGGUGGUCCCGCUGCUGCUGUUCCCGGGCGGCGCGGCUUGGUGGCCCAUGGCACGGCCUGGGCGCCCGCGACAAACACCCGCCGGCCGCGAGACUCGCGGCGACAAGCGCGCCGCGUGAGGCGGGCCCAGGGCGAAUGGAGAUAUCCUAUUUUCCUGGGGAAAGUUUGCGCCUAUCCUUUCCAAAACUCAACAGUGUAUUUUGGCGUAUUGUCGCUAGAUUUCAUCAUACAACAGCACGAACACACAGUUGUGGCAGAAUGGUUAGUGAUGAAAAAUAUAAGGAUCCUUUUAAACUUGGAAGGAAGGACUUGAAAAAUCUCUAUGAAGAUAUGAAAAAGGAAUUAUGGGUAUCAACUACAGAACUUAAGGAAAUGUGUGAAUAUUACUUGGACGGAAAAGGGAAGGCCUUUCGACCUGUGAUUGUGGUGCUAAUGGCUAGAGCGUGCAAUUUUCAUCAUAACAAGUCUGAGGAAGUGAAGGCAAGCCAGCGCUCCGUAGCUGUCAUUGCAGAGAUGAUCCAUACAGCGACUCUAGUUCAUGAUGAUGUCAUUGAUGAUGCAAACUCACGAAGAGGAAAACUGACUGUUAAUCAAGUCUGGGGGGAAAGAAAGGCAGUUCUAGCAGGUGAUUUCAUCCUUUCUGCAGCAUCUCUAGCUUUAGCACGUAUUGGAAACACAACCAUUGUUUCUGUGCUGACGCAGGUGGUUGAAGAUCUGGUGCGUGGUGAAUUUCUUCAGCUAGGUUCCAAAGAAAACGAAACUGAGAGAUUUGCUCACUACCUCGAAAAAACAUUUAAGAAGACUGCAAGUCUUAUAGCAAACAGCUGUAAAGCAGUUUCCAUUCUGGCCUGCCCUGAUCCAAAAGUUCAUGAGAUUGCAUACCAAUAUGGAAAAAAUGUUGGCAUAGCAUUUCAGUUAAUAGAUGACGUGUUGGAUUUUACAGCAUGCUCCAGUCAGCUAGGGAAGCCAACGUCAGCAGACCUUAAGCUUGGAAUAGCCACUGGUCCUGUCUUAUUUGCUUGUCAGCAGUUUCCGGAAAUCAAUGCCAUGAUAAUGAGGCGAUUUAGUUUGCCUGGAGAUGUUGAACGUGCACACGAAUUUGUGUUCCAGAGUGAAGGUGUACAGCAGACUACCUACCUCGCGCAGCGCUAUUGCCACAAGGCCAUACAAGAGAUCAGCAAACUUCGACCAUCCCCAGAAAGAGAUGCCCUCAUACAGCUGGCAGAAAUUGUACUUUCCCGAGACAAAUGACACACCUCCUUCCACUCAUUCUGGCAGCUAUUUACCAGACUGUGCCUAAAACUACACUUCAAAACAUCUUAGCUUGCUUCCAAUGCAGUUAUGAAUUUUUUGAAUUACCUUCACUUUUUUCCUAAAAUACGAAGAAACGAGUUUUAUUGAAGGAAGCCAUGUGAAACUAGUACAAAUGCCUCUUGACUAUUUUUAGUUGUGCUGGAAUUCAUGUCUUGUGCAUUGUUUACAUUGUUCAGUAUCAACACCCAAGGCCAUAAUGAGAAUAAAUACAAUCAAUGUGCUGAAAAAUCA